AUGUCCUCCCAAGCAUUCAUCCUCCCCCGCGCCUCUCCCUCCCUAUCCCCAUCCGAGCGCCAGCGCCCCAACCACAAAACCACAACCCAGCUCGCCCUCGGCCGACUCGACCCCGCCUACACGCUUGUCAGGGUUAUCGGCGCUUUGGAGGCGUUGGAGAAGAGGUGGGAGGGGGAUAGGAAGGGGGUGGUUGGUGGGAGGACGGUGGGGGAGUUUAGGGAUUUGAUGGCUUGA